AUAUAACGUUUGGGCACUUUGUCCAUCCGGUUAUUUCAUGAAUGGCCUCAGACUUGGUUAUGCUCCUCCUGCGUUUUUGAACAACAUAGACGAGGCAAAAUGUUGUCAUCCACAAAACCAUCCCAGCAGUUAUGAAGACUGUUACGACGAAGAUGUUACAAUUUCAUUUGACCGGAAGGGAUGGAGUGAAUGCCAGCGGGACGGUUUUUAUAUGACCGGUUUCUACAAAAGUAGCUGUGAUAAGCUCUACUGUAUUGAGAAGUUCAGAUGUUGCAAGAUGAAAAAUGAGUCGCUCCUUUCGAUAUUUGCCACAUCCAGGGGCCAAAGGUGCUGCUACUCGCUGAGCAUCACGAUUAAUGUAGUCUUUAAAUUCUCGAAAUUUACAGUGCAGAAUUGUGAAGAAGCUGAUUGGGAGGCGAGCCUGGACCAGAUUGGUUGGUCUAUGUGUCCCAGGAAUACCACUUUCCUCAGGGGUUUGUGGAGACAUGAUCCAAUGCCGGGAGAUAACAGAGUUGGGCGUAUUGAAUUUGGAAACUGUUGCAGAGCAGAGGAACCAACUUUUAUCAAUCAGUCAUCUACUUGUUUAAAUGCAGAUUGGUCGCUUUUAUUGAAUAGAUAUAAUGUCUGGGCACUUUGUCCAUCCGGUUAUUUCAUGAAUGGCCUCAGACUUGAUCAUGCUCUUCCCGCGUUUUUGAACAACAUAGCCGAGGCAAAAUGUUGUCAUCCACAAAAUCAUCCCAGCAGCUUUGAAGACUGUUACGAUGAAGAUGUUACUACUUCAUUUGACACGAGUGGAUGGAGUGAAUGCCAGCAGGACGGUUUUUACAUGACCGGUUUUUACAAAAGUCGCUGUGAUAAGCUCUACUGUAUUGAGAAGUUCAGAUGUUGCAAGAUGAAAAGUGAACCAUCUCCUACAACUCAGAAUGUGAAAGGAACUAGCAUCAGCUCAAGCAGCAUCUCAGUAACGGGGAAUGAAGUUGAAAACAGUGGAAAAACAGAGCCACCUCGUGAAAAAGAUGAACGGACCUCUGGAGUUUUAUUCCAAUUCACCUGGGCGUCCUUUGGUGCCUUUGUAGUACUCGUUUGCGUUGUGUUAAUCGAAAUUGCUAUGAAACGAAUCCGGAGAAAGAGGAAAGACUCUUUGGUUGAGGAGAGAAACGACGCAUAUAAUGUUUUCAUGCUCGAAAUUACACCGGAAAUUAUGAACCAGCUGAGAGAUCAUAGCGAAGGAAAUCCUAUAGAAACGCAAGUAGAGGUACCAAAUUCAUGGGCAGACGAGGUUGCAGUAGUUGAUAAUGAGACAUAUCUGGAUCAAAUGGAAAUUGACAGAAACUGGGAAAUUCCUCGAGAAAGACUGGAAAUUUUAGAAACAGAACUUGGUGGAGGAGAGUUCGGAGUCGUAAAGAAGGGGAACUAUUUGAGAGGAGAUGCGAAUAAAUUGCCCGUUGCUGUUAAAAUGUUAAAAGGUGACAAAGACCAAAAACAGCGCAUGGUUCUAAUCCAGGAGUUAGAGAUGCUUAGAAAAGUUGGCCGCCACAAAAAUAUUGUGAGCUUGGUUGGAGCAUGCUCAUUUGAAGAACCUUUAUGUGUGAUUAUUGAGUUCGUACCAGGUGGAAGUCUGGAUCAGAUGUUGCUUGAGAGCCGUAUUCCCGCUCGCACAGAGGAUGCAAAUUAUGCAAACCUUUGGUCCAGACUGUCCGAGAGAAAUUUGUUAAGAAUCGCCAAUGAUGUCGCAAAUGGAAUGCAGCAUCUUGAAAGCAAGCUGUGUGUUCACAGAGACCUGGCCGCCCGAAACAUUUUGAUUGGAGAAGGACUGGUAGCCAAGGUAGCAGAUUUUGGAUUGUCACGUGAUAUUUCAGAGGAUGGAGAGUACAUUAAAUGCACAGAGUUUUCCCGAGAAGUAACACUUCUGAAAACUGUGAAACUUUAA